AUGCUGGCCUCUUUGCUUCGUCCAAAAGGCCGGCGGGGUCGCAUUGAUCAGACUCCCUUUUCCUCCCCUUUCACACCCAGUGAUACCUCUCCAUGGUUUCGAGCGGCCGCGCAACGCGGUCUGCGACGCAAUCCGAAUGCCGACCACAGCAGCGAAGACGACGCGCCAGAGCUGGAAGAGAUCGACGAGGGAAUGGAUGAGGACUGGGUGGGGGAAGAGGACGAGGAGGACGAUGGGCCAGUCGAGUCAACCCCUCUUCUUCCCAUGUUUUCUGCCUCGCAUUUGGAUGCUUUACCCGUGUACGAUAUCACCCACGCCAUUCGUCCCCUCAUCGCCUCUCGCUGUGAGACGACUUUGACCUGGGACCAACUGCGUUCGCCGCAGGUGUCCCAGUUCCUCGUCAAGCCGAUCCAGCAAAAAAUAAUGUCGGCACACUUUUCACGAGCCACCCUCUAUGCUUUGAUGGCCAAUUGCCUGCAGUUCGAAAAAGAAAUACAACUUAAUCCCGGAAACAGCGGUGCUAGCCAGACCAGGGCGAUGGUGAGCGAGCUGCUUGCUAUCAAGUUAUUGCGGGAAUACACAACCAGAGAAUUGGUCGACGCCUUGUCAUAUGAGUUCUUCCCUCUCCAGGGCCAGGAUCCCACAACUGUAUGGUCAUCUGGCCCCCAGGGAAAGCGAUUGGCAGGCUCGGCCCGCGUAUCGUGUCUGGAGGUGGCUAUUCGUGCCCAGGCCAAACGAUUCCUAGCCCAUCCGGUGGUUGUGCAGCAAUUGGAGGCCAUUUGGGCGGGCACCAUCAUCUUCCAUUCUGCCGCCGAUCACCUACAUCGGCGGGUUAACAGAAAUCCCGCUGGCGAGCUGGAAUAUGGGACAUCGGCCGAUCAGAAUGGAAACCAGGUACCCGUCCCUGGAAGUGCGGCGCUCCGGCGCUCCGUGACUCUGUACAACCCCCGCGACGCAUCAUUGUUCAAGCUCUCCCGGUUGCGAGUUCCGCGCUAUCGACAAUUUCUCUCGACAUUAUCUUUCGCGGUGCUACUAGGACUCUUCUUGGCGGUUCUGGAACAACGCAGCCGGUCGAUCACAUCCCUCGAGAUAGUAUUCUGGUUCUGGAGUGCAGGAUUCAUGCUGGACGAGAUUGUCGGGUUCAAUGAGCAGGGAUUCAGCCUCUAUCUCAUGAGCUUUUGGAAUCUUUUUGACUUGGGGAUAUUGUUACUGCUCUUCUGUUACUACUGCCUGCGGAUCUACGGAGCCUUCUUGACAUAUCCGCGAAACCGUGAGUUGGCCGACCAAGCAUACGACAUCCUGGCUGCCAAUGCAGUACUCCUAUUUCCGCGCCUCUUUUCGAUUCUUGACCACUACCGCUAUUUUUCGCAACUGCUGAUUGCGUUUCGCAUUAUGGCGUCGGACCUGAUCGCGGUAUUCGUGCUGAUCGUGAUUGCAUGCAGCGGCUUCUUCGUUGCCUUCUUGUCCUUUGGAAAUGAUAACUCCCCGAAAACGGUGGCCUACGCUUUGUUCCAGUUGCUCAUGGGUUUUACGCCCACUGCCUGGGCAAUGUGGGAAGAGUACAACUUCGUGGGCAAGAUAAUUUUGACGGUCUUCCUUUUUAUAUGUCACUUCGUGGUAGUGACUAUACUGAUCACGGUCCUGACCAACUCCUUCAUGAGAAUUGUUCAGAAUGCCAACCAAGAGCACCAAUUCUUGUUUGCCGUCAAUACAAUCUCCAUGGUCAAAUCCGAUGCCCUCUUCUCCUACGUGGCCCCGGCAAACAUCAUCGCUUGGCUUGUUACACCUCUGCGAUCCGCGAUACCGUUCCGCCAAUUCGUCAAACUCAACCGGACGAUAAUCAAAAUCACCCAUUUACCAAUCCUAUUCACCAUCUGUUUCUACGAAAAGACAUUUCUCUCUGCCCGAGUAGUUGAGCCGAUGAAUCUGGUCGAAAACACGACCCGUGAGGAAGCAUCAGUCCACCCACAAAACUGGCGACCCACUCGUCUUCGUGGGUUUAGCUCGAGGGUACACCGUCUGGUGCGAGAGCCAUCCGUUGCGACAUACCAAAAAGACCAGGCAUUAGAGGAAGUAUUCCGAAGGCCGUUUGGAGACGAGGGCAUGCGCGAGCGGCCUAGCAGCCCUCAUAAGUGCCAGACAAACAACGUGAUCAAAGAUUGGAUGCAGGAGAUCGGCUCUGGUCCGGCUCAUACCCCCGACGACCAAGAUUCAGCCGUGCUGGAGAUGCCGCCGCGUCGACCUCGGCUCCCGUACCGAAAGACAUUGACUGCGCAUGGACGCAUCUUCACCGAAACUACUCGUUCGGUGGCAUCAAAUCCCGAAGAUCGAGUCAGUCAUAUUGUUAGCCCCGCGUUCCGACCUCGUCGCGAACCGAUCUCGCCUACUCGCACUCGGCAACUCUCCCAGCAUACAGAUAUGGAGGGCGAUGACGAGCUUACCAGUGACGAUGCAGACUCGCAUGGCAAACAGUCUGAUAAAGAAUCCAUUGUUGACGACAACCAUAUUGAAAGCAUCGAAAAGACCACCCCCAAGUUUUACAGCUCUCGACCAUCCACUGCGCGAGUGUCACGCCGUGGCAGCCCCACACGCCGGCCCAAGCAUGCCCGAAAUGCCUCCGGCAUUACCAUGCUCUACAAUCCAAUCGGCUCCCUGAAUGAAGGAACGGAGGGCCGAACCACCCCUCCACGACCAAACGACGACUCUUCCGAGGAUGAGCUUCCCGCUCCUGUGUCUGCAUCUGUAGAUCAAGGUACGAUGAGGAAGCAUAUGUUGAAUGCGAUCCUGGCUCGCAAUACCUCCGUCGGCUUGAACCCAAUGUCUGUUCCGGAGAUGGACUAUCUCUCUGAUCGUCCUUCUGCACGACGACAGCGCUCUCUGCUCUUUGAUCUAGGAUCUGAUCUGGGAGAUAAUCGAGCAGUGGCCGGUGGCUUUGGGGGCGCCAUCCCAGGCAGCUUCAAUACUCAGAUAGCACUCGCCACCGGGGGUCUCCACCGAGAUGUGCCUAAUCAAGACAUGCUGAGCAAGUUAGUUCUGGCUCGUAUGAACAACAUUGAAGAAGGCUUCCGUGAGGUGAUCAAGGAAGUCAAAGAUCUCGCACGUGGUGGGUCCAGUCGCAGCCGCAGUCACAGCCGGCCCGAUCAGCUUCGAGCAGUCGGACGCGAAAAGGAAAAGAAGAAGCGAGGGGAGAAGAAAGAUUUGAAAAAGCGCAGGCCUAACUCGGAGGCGAGUGGACCCGGGCGCGACGGGAAACCCGACGAGGAAGCGUAA